AUAAAUUUUCGUACAUUACUAUCUGGAGUCGUAUCUUUCCAUUAUUACAUUAUUAUUGGUCAGGCGCUUGGUUUUCUAGUCGGUGCUAAAUUUGUUCUUGGCGUGCCAUGUGUCCUUUUAUUAUUAAUUUACAAAUGGCGACAGAGACACUUAUCGAUGUACGAGGGCAUCGAAGAUUUUCUGCACAGUAACAAUGACAUCAUGCCUAUAAGAUACUCAUACAAAGACAUCAAAAAAAUAACUGAGCAAUUCAAGACAAAAUUAGGGAAUGGAGGCUAUGGCUCUGUCUACAAAGGACAACUUCGAAGUGGUCGUCUUGCAGCGGUGAAAUUAUUGGACAAAGCCAAAUCCAAUGGUCAAGAUUUUAUCAAUGAAGUUGCUACCAUCGGUAGGAUUCACCACGUUAAUGUGGUACAACUUAUUGGAUUUUGUGUGGAUGGGUCAAAGCGUGCUCUAAUAUAUGAAUUCAUGCCAAAUGGGUCACUUGAAAAAUACAUAUUUUCUCAUACCAAGGAUUGUUUUUCCUUGAGUUGUGAAAAGUUGUAUGCCAUUUCUGUUGAAGUGGCUCGAGGCAUUGCGUACUUGCAUAACGGAUGCAAUGUGAAAAUUCUACACUUUGAUAUAAAGCCUCAUAACAUUCUUCUUGAUGAAAGUUUCAAUCCAAAAGUUUCUGAUUUUGGACUUGCCAGACUUUCUCCUACAGAUAAAAGCAUUGUGUCAUUAACUGCAGCAAGAGGAACCAUUGGAUAUGCCCCUGAACUUUUCUACAGAAAUGUUGGAAUGAUAUCUUACAAAGCUGAUGUCUAUAGCUUUGGGAUGUUGUUAAUGGAGAUGGCAAGUAGAAGGAAGAACUUGAAUGCAUUGGCCGAACAAUCUAGCCAAAUUUAUUUCCCUUUUUGGAUUUAUGAUCGAUUACAUGAUGGAAGGGAAGUAACUAUUGAAAAUGACACAGAUCAGGAAAUGAAAUUGGCAAAGAAAAUGAUGACCGUGGCUUUGUGGUGUAUACAAACAAAACCCGAGGAUCGUCCUUCAAUGGAUAAAGUUUUGGAGAUGCUUGAAAAAGAAGAUGGGGACUUACAAAUUCCUAAUAAGCCUUACUUUUGUCCACAAGAUCCACCAACAGCAGACGUUGGAGAUGAUAAUAAUAGCAACUCAUGGACUUCCUAUGGUACAUCAAUUAGUGAUCCCAAGGGACCAACCUAAUCUCUUUUUGGUUCUUGGCUGAAUUACAUAUCAUAUUGUUCGUACCCCAAGCAUUAAUAUAAGUAUGCAACUUUUAUUUACACACGCGCGCGCGCGUGUGUGUGUGUGUGUGAAUAUUCUCUCUGGAUGGUAACAGAUAUUAUGGUAUAUAAUCUAUGGGUAUCUGCUACAUAAAAUUACCAAAUGCCCACUGUUGUGCAACUUAUUAUGUAGCAAUAAAUAGAAUUUUGUCUUAAUCUACCGAUUCUCCAUUGAUCUUGAAGCUAGAUUGGACCUUCACCCGAUUAUGCCAAGAUAGGUAUUAAACAACGCUUCUAAAGGGAUGUGUAUUAUAUCGUUGUUAAGCCAUAAGACAGCGCUUUUUAUAUCAGUUGAUAUAAUUCAAAGUUAGUUACAUUGUUAGUUGAAUAUAACUGCGUCAAAGGUCAACUUGACAAACCAAACAAGAAGGAAUGGUGAGACUAUAAUUGACUUGAUGAAGAUUGAAAAGGUGUUGAAAAUAUUGACAUCAAGGUUUCAUCAUAUUGUAGUAGCCUUGGAGGAAUCCAAAAAUCUUGAUGAAAUGAAAGUUGAAGAUCUGCAAGCAAGCCUUGAUUAACAAAAGUAAAGAUAAGGUAAAUUCAAGGAAGAACCAAAGCUCCAAGAAUCAUGGUGAAGGUUCAAUCAAGGGUCAAGAACAUAGCUCAAAAGAAGAAAGUGUAGAAGGCAGGUCCAAUAAUUACAAAGGGUAGAAAAAGAAAGUUGAGAAGAAAUACAUUCAAUGAUAUAACUGUGAGAAGCGGGGUCAUUUUGCAGCUGACUUCAAGUCUAAGAAGGUUGCAAGAGAUAGAGCAGAUGAAGAACAGUUUUCCUACAAUGAAGAUGAAUCUGAUGCUGGUGGAGUUUUAUUAAUGGCUACUAUCAAAGGUGAAGAUUAUGACCGAUGGUAUUUGGAUACAGGUUUCUCAAAUCACAUGAGUGGCAAGAAAAAUUGGUUUUAUAUUAAUCUAAAUGAGUCAGUUAAGAGAAAGAUAAGAUUUGCAUACAACAUUAUGGUUAACGCAAAAGGGAUUAGAAAGGUUAAGAUUCGAAGGAAUGAUGGUACAGAAUCAUUCAUCUUGGAUAUGCUUUAUGUCCCAACUAUGAGAAGCAAUCUCAUAAGUCUUGGACAGUUGCUUGAAAAAGGUUAUACCAUGAAGAUGGAAGCAUGUGCAAUGAAGGUGUAUAAUAGCAAAGGGAAGAUUGAUUUUAAAGGCACCAUUGUCGGUGAUAGCACUUUUAUUUAUUUUCAAGCACGGUCUACGGUGAAAGCACUGUCGCACACAUACUUUUUUUUAGAUUUAAUUUUAUUACUAAACAUAUGAGCAUUGUUUCAUUAACAGCAGCAAGAGGAACCAUUGGAUACAUGGCCCCUGAAUUAUUCUACAGAAAUGUCGGCACAAUAUCUCACAAAGCUGAUGUCUAUAGUUUUGGAAUGUUGUUGAUGGAGAUGGCAAGUAGAAGGAAGAACUUGAAUGCAUUGGCUGAAAAAUUGAGAAUGACACAGAUGAAGAAAUGAAAUUGGCAAAGAAAACGAUGAUUGUGGCAUUAUGGUGUACUCAGACAAAACCUAGUGAUCGUCCUUCAAUGGAUAAAGUGAUUGAGAUGCUUGCAUAAGAAGAUGGGGAUUUGCAAAUGCCUAAGAAGCCUUACCUUUAUCCACAAGAUCUACCAGCUGAGGAUUUUUGAGAUGAUAAUACUAGAAGUUCGUGGUUUUCCUCUGAUACAUCAAUAAAUGAUUUCAUGAAACCCUGAUCUCGUAUUGGUUCUCGGAUGAGUCGCACAAAAAUUGAAGCAUAUUCACUGCCAACCAACUCGUUCAAAGUAUUUCCCAACUUAUGCAAUUAAUUUUAAAUUUGUAUUGGUCUCACCAUGUAUGAGUAUUAAAGUAAUCAAGUUGAGACAUCCAUUGUCAUCCCUUGUAGUCAGAAUGAUAACUAUUUCAAAUCCGUAAAUUCAAUGUACCAAGUAAGUUGUGAGUUUUAUGA